AUGGAGUGCUAUAUGCCGAACAAUCCGCAGUAUGAGGCGGGGGAAUGCUGCGGCGGUGGCCUCUGCUACGAUCCGCUGCAGCCGUGCCACUGUCAACAGCCAAGAGAGGACCAGUGCUGUCAGCAAGAGAACGAGGGUUGCUGUCCGGAUAAUGGGGAGGAGCUGAAUGCGCUCGGAGACGCUAUCGCGCCUUGCGAUGUGCUGGACGUAAACGAAGGCUGGCCCUCCGAGGACAUGGGAUCGUUUUCCCUGCCCCCGCUCGAACUGGACCCUCUGCCGUCGCUCUUCCCCUUCUCCCCCUGUCCGGGGUACAACAGGAACAACGGGGGGGAGUGCCGAGAGAGGGGCGGGGGUGAGGCUGCCGACGUCCUCCUCUCACUCAAGCACGCGGUCGUCCACGGAGACUGCGCCUCCGAAGCUGUACACCCACAGGUGAUGGUGAACAGCAAUGGUGGGUACCCAUAUUACGAGCAUUAUGGGGGCGCUCCACUUUUUCCCACCAUGAGCGUCAACGUGUCAAUGAAUAUGACAAUGCAUGGCUGCCCUCCAGACCAAUUGUGCUCACAGGUACAGUGGAAUCAAAACCCUUCGACGCCCUCCGUGAACGUAGUGUACCCGCAAACGCAGAGCAUGAUCAGCCCCAACUCCUAUCCAUCAGCCACGUAUUCCUUUACAGCAGAUUUUCGACCUCCCAACCAAUCCGAUCCGCUGAUAACAGCCUCGUCCACCUUUAAGCCAAUACUCCAAAACCCGCAGAAGACAAAUCACAACUACGCGAUAUUCCAACAAAAACAGAACUUCGCUAAUCAGAAGUCGUUAGCGAUGAAGAGGUCACCUUCGAAGAUAUACAUGCAAGAAGGACAUAAAGACCAGGGUGCGGGAGGCGGGUUCAUAAUGAACCACCAAACAUCAAUGCACCCACAGGACUACGAUUAUUCUGCUUGUGUGAGCGCGGGGAAAGUUCAGGUGGGAGCUUUAAGCGGAUGUUCGGAAGACGACGAACAAAAGCCUAACUUAUGUCGUAUUUGCGGUAAAACUUACGCCCGGCCUAGUACCUUGAAGACCCACCUUCGGACACAUUCGGGUGAGCGGCCGUAUCGCUGUGGGGAUUGCAACAAGAGCUUCUCCCAGGCUGCUAACUUGACGGCUCAUGUCAGGACACAUACGGGACAGAAGCCUUUCAGAUGUCCUAUCUGCGAUCGAAGGUUUAGCCAAAGCUCCAGCGUGACGACACACAUGCGGACGCAUUCAGGGGAGCGACCCUAUCAAUGCAGAUCAUGCAAAAAAGCAUUUUCAGAUAGCUCGACGUUGACCAAGCACCUCCGGAUACACUCCGGAGAGAAACCUUAUCAAUGCAAACUCUGUUUAUUGAGGUUUUCGCAAUCUGGCAAUCUGAACCGUCACAUGCGAGUCCACGGUAACAUGUCGGCAGGGAUGCUCGGCUGA